AUGUCGACGACACGCAACAGGCGCGCUCGGCUUUUUGCCGAGUUUGAGGCGAAACCAGCUAAGGACUUCGAUAUCGAGAACGAAGCCCCAGACCAAAGUGAAGAAAGUGGCAGCGAGGAGUCUGGAGAUGAUUUAGCGGGAACUGAACACUACGUUGAGGUUGGCAAGAGCAAACUACGCCAGAAAGAACCUCUCGCAUUGGGGCCCGAGUACCGCGGAACACGCGUUAGCAGGGCUCAAUUAGAAGCCAGCAGCGAGGAAGAAGACGAAGAAAACGAUGACGAUGAGGAAGAGGAUGAUGAAGACAAAGAAGAGGAAGGAAGUGAAGACGAGUCAGGAAGCGAAGAGUAUGACGAUCCUGACAAAGCCGACCUCGAGGCCGACCAUGUGGACGAUGAUGCCGAAAUUUCUAGCGAUAAUGCUCUCACAAAAAGCGAUGACGAGAACCUUAAAAACUUUGUCUUCCGUGGCAGCUCAAAGCCCCGUGCUCCCGUCCAAACCAACGGGCGUAUUAAGAAGCGGCCAACCGCUGCCGAUUUUAUGUCGUCUUCGUCGCAGUCAGCAUCGGAAGACGAGAAAGAAAAUAUGUUGGAGGAGGAUUUGGAGAUGGAUAGUCAGGAUUUCGACAUGGACGGGUCCGAAGAGGGCUCUGAGCUGGGUGAAGACGGCGUCCGGCUCUUUGACGAUGAAGCAGAGGAGAGUGUCGAAGAGGGUGAGAGCGCCGAAGAUGAUGAGGAAAGAUUUGAGGACAAGGACGAUGAAAAUGAGAGCCAUGAAGAUGAUGAAGAGGAAGGCGAGGAUGUGGAGAACGAACAGUCAGAGAAGGAGGACGGCGAUGAUGAACGUGCCAAGCUCAGGAGGUUAGCCACUGAGGGUGAGAAGAGCAUCGCGGAGGCCAUGUCACAGGCCGCUAGGGCAGACGCCGAGAAGGGUCUUGCUGUCCGGAAGCAACGGCGGGCUUUCGACUCCAUUCUCAACCUUCGCAUCCGACUGCAGAAAGCGCUCAUCGCUGCGAACUCCUUUCACGUCGUCGAGAAGGCGGAAGGCCAGGACAGUACCGAAGCCUAUCAAGCAGCCGAAGAGGCAGCCAUCAAGCUCUGGAAUACGAUCGCCAGCGUCAGGCACCACUUUAUGCCAGAGAGCUGUCAGACUAAGGUCGGCGAAAAAAGGAAACGCGAAAUCGAACUUGAUACGGCAAAUCAAGAGAUCUGGGAGACCAUGGAAGAGGUCGAAGAGGUUGUCAUGUCUCAUCGCCGGAAGGUCCUCGAUAAGUGGUCGAACAAGGUGAAGAAGAGCAACGCCGGGCUCAAUACCCGGAAGCUGGUUAACUCCGAGGGGCAAACCCUGGUUGCGGCUUUGGACGAGCAAAUAAUGAGCUCAGAACGACUUAUCAAGAAGGCCCGCACACCACGGUCGUGUGCGCCGGUUCAGGCUGCCAAGAAGGUGGAGGAAGAUCCGGCCAUCUACGACGAUGCCGACUUCUACCAGCUGCUGCUCAAGGAGCUGGUUGAGCAGCGCAGCGCGGAUACCGGUCUGGCGGGCGAGGGCGUUGCCACAGUGCGGUGGGCAGCUCUCAAGGAAACCAAAACACGCAAAAAUGUGGACCGGCGGGCCAGCAAGGGUCGCAAGCUUCGGUACACGGUACAUGAGAAGUUGCAAAACUUCAUGGCGCCUGAGGACCGCCGGUCAUGGGAGGAACAUGCAAUCGACCGGCUAUUUGGCACACUCUUUGGGCAGAAGAUGGAGCUCAAGGAGGACGAGGAGGAGUCGGACGAAGAGAUGGGGGGCAUCGAUGUGGAGGAGGCGGGUUUGCGAUUAUUCCGCAGUUAA